AUUAGCCCCUCCAUACGAGUGAAGCAGCAGCGGCACCACCCACCACUCAAGCUUGUCUUAGCUAGAGUAGCAGGAGACAGGAGUAGUACAUAGUUAGUAUACACCUAGCCUAGCAGAAGCCGCCGAGGUCCAUCUUUCUGCAUGGACUUGGACAUGGCAAUGGACAUGACGAACCAAGAACAGCUCAUGCACACCAUCUCCCAGCUCGACAGCGCCCUCACAUACCUUGCUUCUCCAUCCACAUCGCCACCGCACGAGCCACCGGCUCUAGUCCCGCCGUAUCCAUCGUGUGCCACCAGUGCUGUUACUCCUUCGGUGGUGACGAUGCCGGUGUUGGUGCCGCCGCCCGCCGCGGCCAACCCGGAGCACACGGCGACGCGGCAGCUUGUUGUCGGCAUCCACUCGGCCGCGGACGUGGAAAGGCCCAGGCGACGCAACGGGCGCGUCUCGAGCGAGCCUCAGAGCGUGGCCGCGAGGCUGCGGCGAGAGCGCGUGAGCCAGCGCAUGCGCGCGCUGCAGCGGCUGGUGCCCGGCGGUGCGAGGCUGGACACGGCGUCCAUGCUGGAGGAGGCCGUCCGCUACGUCAGGUUCCUCAAGAGCCACGUCCAGGCGCUCGAGCAAGCCGCGGCCGCGGUGCAUGGCCGCCGCGUCGAUGAUGUUGCCGCCGGCGACUUCUACCACCACUGCCCAUACCAUGCUUAAAGCCUUAGACGAGACAUGCUUACCAUUCAUUAAGAGAGCUGUAUAUGGUGCAAGUUAAUCAAGCGUCUGUACGUGAUUCUUGUGGCAGUACUUACGUUAUAAUUCUGUCACAACUCACAAGGAGUGCGUGUGUUCUCUUCUUAAUUAGCAACCCCCCUCAUGCAGCAUGUACAAAUUCAUAUUUGAAGUUCAAAUGGCAGUCAUAAAUUCAUAA